CCGAUCACCAGCAACCCCCGCGAUGAUCGGAAAGUCAAAGUGGGCAUCUCCCGAGACGCACAGUCCGUAUCCGCGGGUCCAGGCUGCUGUAAGGCCUGGGCGGGCGACGCUGUGGCCUAUCAGUCCAGUGGACGCUGUCACUAGCCGCUACCAUCCUUGUUUUUCGAAAUUCCCACUGUGACAGAACAUGGCAUUCAAGGUUUCUCGAUCGCAAAACUUGGCCCGCUUCUGGACAGCUCUGGGAUUUAGCUGCUUCGUGUCAGUGGUGUUCAUUGGACACGCCGCUGAUUUUGUUGCACAUGCCUGCGCCACAAGCUAUGGGUUAUGGGUGGGUAUGGGUAAAUGGACAAAGACCGGUAAGGUAGGUAGGUAGCAGCCACCUAUGGCUGUGACACAAAGGGAUCGUGGGGUGCCUUGAUGGUCCUUCAUUACCUUUCCUUCCUUUCUUUUCGUUGCUACUGAGUGUUCCUGUUCUCCCAUGCUGACGACACCGACCUUCCACUUCUCACAUUCAACCAUUAUUCUCUGUUCUCUAUCAUAUUUCUGGGCACCAGAUUGAUGCCGAAGUGAAGAGAGAAGUAUGGGACCAUUAAUGACACCCACGACAGAGCUUUUCUAUGCUUUCAUCAAUCUGGAUGAUACUCCUGUGCCGUACGAUUUGCCAGAGGAGGAUGUGUUCUCUCGCGCUUUCAAACAAGCUACGAUAGCACAACCGCAAUUCAGAAAGAACGACCUCAACACUUUUACAGAACAGGAUUCCCCUCAAGAUUCCCCACAGGACCUUGUGUUCGACGACUUUCCUUCUCUCAAAGCUUCGAACCAGUCAGGAGACACUUCUCCUUCUUCAGCCGGAAGCUCUUCAGUGAAACCGUUCUCCAACACAACAAAAUAUACAACUACUUCCUCAUACCAACAAUCCGCCAGAAAUAGUUCAACCAACUCGCUCCCAGUCGCAUUCCCCGAUGCAAGCAGCACAACAAUAUCACAAAAUACCUCGCAAGCUCCUGUACCAAAUAUUUCUACUUCACAACUCGAGGCAGUCGAAACCCCGCAGAGCUACACACAGCCCAUUCCCAACACCACACCCAUCGUCCCACCUUCUCAUCCCCACGAACCCUCCAAACCACCACCCCGACGGCGCAACACCAAACGAAAACAGCGCACCGUAGAAGAAGAAGCCGAGAAGCGCAGGAUAUUCCUAGAGCGGAACCGGAUGGCCGCACAGAAAUGUCGAUCUAGGAAAAAGCGACAGACGAACACGCUGGAGGACGACCUGGCUGUACAAGAGGAAAUAAAUGCGAGAUUGAAAGGCGAGGUUGCGGAUCUGACGGCUGAGCUGCGGAAGUUGAAGGAGGUGUAUUUGCAGUGCGAGCAGGAAUGUCGACAUGCGAAGAUGCAGGAAAGUGCUCCCGAGGAAGUUCCGAGCUCAGUAAUGAAAGAGGAGGUACUUGAGGAUAUGGAUGUAUCAUGAUUUUCUGGUGGGAUAAUGGUUGUUUUGGUGUUUUUGGCGUUUGGAAUAAUUGGAUGGGAUGGGAUUUUGGGUGGAUCAUUGGAUCUUGUCAUGUCAUGCCACCGGGAACGGGGAACAGGAGAGUUUUCCGGAAUGGACAGAAAUUAUACCCACGAAUUGCUGGACUGGUGUCUUUUAUGAGACGUACUGUAUUUCAUAGGAAGGUUUUGAGAAGGGGUGUUGGGGAUGCCAUUUCAGCGGUGAUCGCCGAACCGGCAGUACAGGCGGGAGGGGAGGGGUAUUUCCACUCUUUCUCAAUAUGAGAACCAGAAAUUAUGAGAGAUUUCUUCGAUGUUUUCUUCUCAUUUUCUUCUGUUUUUUAAAUGAUUUGCUGUUAAAUGUUUCUUCAAUCACCUAAAAGGCUCAAGUCUGUGCUUACUCAGCACGCUACUGCAUUCCCAAACCAGUGGACGUGGACUUCAUCUCAAAAUUCAUUUUAAUUUCACAUCUUGG